AUGUCAGCUUCUGUAGAUGAUGAAUACUAUAAUGAAGAUUCAUAUGGUUACGAAGAUGAGAAUUCGCCUAUAACCGCAGAGGAUUCGUGGGCUGUAAUAUCAGCAUUCUUCCGUGAGAAGGGUUUGGUAUCGCAACAGUUGGACUCAUUCAAUCAGUUUGUAGACUAUACUCUCCAAGAUAUCAUUUCAGAGGAUUCAACACUAAUACUGGAGCAGUUGGCCCAACACACAACCGAGGCUGAUAAUGUCAGUAGGAAAUAUGAGAUUGGUUUCGGAAAGAUAUACGUAACCAAGCCAAUGGUUAAUGAGUCAGACGGUGUGACACAUGCUUUGUAUCCUCAAGAGGCGAGAUUAAGAAAUUUGACCUAUUCGUCAGGUUUGUUCGUUGACGUUAAAAAGAGAACCUAUGAAGCGGUUGAUGUGCCGGGAAGGGAAUUGAAAUAUGAACUGAUCGCCGAAGAGUCGGAAGAUGACAACGAAAGUGGCAAAGUUUUCAUCGGCCGUAUGCCUAUCAUGUUAAGAUCGAAAAAUUGUUAUUUGAGUGAAGCCACAGAAUCAGAUCUAUACAAAUUGAAAGAAUGUCCAUUUGAUAUGGGUGGAUAUUUCAUUAUCAAUGGUUCCGAAAAAGUUCUGAUUGCUCAGGAACGUUCUGCAGGUAAUAUCGUUCAAGUGUUCAAGAAGGCUGCACCAUCUCCAAUUUCCCAUGUAGCAGAAAUAAGAUCGGCAUUAGAAAAAGGUUCAAGAUUCAUUAGUACGUUGCAAGUUAAAUUAUAUGGUCGUGAAGGUAAUUCUGCACGUACCAUAAAAGCAACUUUACCAUACAUCAAGCAAGAUAUUCCUAUUGUUAUUAUCUUCAGAGCUUUAGGUAUUAUUCCAGAUGGUGAAAUCCUUGAACAUAUUUGUUAUGACGUCAACGAUUGGCAAAUGUUAGAAAUGCUAAAGCCUUGUGUUGAAGACGGGUUUGUCAUUCAAGAUCGUGAGACUGCUUUAGAUUUUAUUGGCCGUCGUGGUACCGCACUUGGUAUCAAGAAAGAGAAAAGAAUUCAAUAUGCUAGAGAUAUUUUACAAAAGGAAUUUUUACCGCAUAUUACACAAUUGGAAGGUUUUGAAAGUAGAAAAGCAUUUUUCCUGGGCUACAUGAUCAACAGAUUACUAUUAUGUGCAUUGGAUCGUAAAGAUCAAGAUGAUCGUGAUCAUUUUGGUAAGAAAAGAUUGGAUCUGGCUGGCCCAUUGUUAGCCCAACUUUUCAAGACAUUAUUCAGAAAAUUGACAAAAGAUAUCUUCCGUUAUAUGCAAAGAACUGUCGAAGAAGCUAAAGAUUUCAAUAUGAAAUUGGCAAUAAAUGCAAAGACAAUUACUUCAGGUUUGAAAUAUGCUUUGGCUACAGGUAAUUGGGGUGAGCAGAAAAAGGCAAUGUCUUCAAGAGCAGGUGUUUCACAGGUUUUAAACCGUUACACUUAUUCAUCAACCUUAUCCCAUUUAAGAAGAACUAAUACUCCUAUUGGUCGUGAUGGAAAAUUAGCAAAACCGCGUCAGUUACAUAACACCCAUUGGGGUUUGGUGUGUCCCGCAGAAACGCCCGAAGGUCAAGCUUGUGGCUUGGUCAAGAAUUUGUCACUAAUGUCAUGUAUUUCUGUUGGUACUGAUCCAAUGCCAAUUAUUACUUUCUUGAGUGAAUGGGGUAUGGAACCAUUGGAAGAUUACGUACCACAUCAAUCACCAGACGCCACUCGUGUAUUUGUGAAUGGUGUGUGGCAUGGUGUUCACAGAAACCCAGCAAGACUGAUGGAAACUUUAAGAACCUUGAGAAGAAAAGGUGAUAUCAAUCCAGAGGUUUCUAUGGUUAGAGAUAUACGUGAAAAAGAGUUGAAGAUUUUUACUGAUGCUGGUAGAGUUUACAGACCAUUAUUUAUUGUUGAAGAUGAUGAAACCUUAGGUCACAAAGAAUUGAAGGUCAGAAAAGGUCAUAUUUCAAAACUUAUGGCGACAGAAUAUCAAGAUAUCGAAGGUGGUUUUGAAGAUUCAGAAGACUACACGUGGUCUUCUCUAUUAAAUGAAGGUUUAGUGGAAUAUAUAGACGCUGAGGAAGAAGAAACCAUUUUAAUAUCUAUGCAACCUGAGGAUUUGGAACCGAUUCAAAAGACUCCAGAAUUUGAUGAAGAAGACGAUUUGGCUAAACGUAUUAGAGCAACCCAACAUGCUACAACAUUCACUCAUUGUGAAAUUCAUCCAUCUAUGAUCUUGGGUGUUGCAGCAUCCAUUAUUCCGUUUCCAGAUCAUAAUCAAUCUCCACGUAAUACCUAUCAAUCUGCCAUGGGUAAGCAGGCCAUGGGUGUUUUCUUAACUAACUAUAACGUCCGUAUGGAUACAAUGGCUAACAUUCUAUACUAUCCUCAAAAACCUCUCGGAACAACACGUGCGAUGGAAUACUUAAAGUUCAGAGAACUACCCGCUGGUCAGAACGCUAUUGUUGCAAUUGCUUGUUACUCAGGUUAUAACCAAGAAGAUUCUAUGAUUAUGAAUCAAUCUUCGAUUGAUCGUGGUUUGUUCAGAUCUUUAUUUUUCAGAUCUUAUAUGGAUCAAGAAAAAAAAUAUGGUAUGUCCAUUACAGAGACUUUCGAAAAGCCUCAGCGUACAAAUACUUUAAGGAUGAAGCAUGGUACAUAUGAUAAAUUGGAUGACGACGGUUUAAUAGCUCCUGGUGUCAGAGUGUCAGGUGAAGAUAUUAUCAUUGGUAAGACUACACCUAUUUCACCGGAUGAAGAAGAGUUGGGUCAAAGAACAGCUUAUCAUUCAAAGCGUGAUGCGUCAACACCAUUGCGUAGUACAGAAAAUGGUAUUGUUGAUCAAGUUCUCAUAACAACAAAUCAAGAUGGUUUGAAAUUUGUCAAAGUUCGUGUGAGGACAACAAAAGUUCCACAGAUUGGUGAUAAGUUUGCUUCUCGUCAUGGUCAAAAAGGUACUAUUGGUAUAACUUAUGGUAGAGAGGACAUGCCAUUCACAUCAGAAGGUAUUGUUCCCGACCUGAUUAUCAAUCCGCACGCUAUUCCAUCUCGUAUGACAGUUGCGCAUUUAAUCGAAUGCCUACUGAGUAAAGUUGCUGCAUUAUCUGGUAAUGAGGGUGAUGCAUCUCCAUUUACAGAUAUUACAGUUGAAGGUAUAUCUAAACUUCUGCGUGAGCAUGGAUAUCAGUCACGUGGUUUUGAAGUUAUGUAUAAUGGUCAUACUGGUAAAAAGUUGAUGGCACAAAUCUUUUUUGGACCUACUUACUAUCAACGUCUAAGACAUAUGGUGGACGACAAAAUCCACGCAAGAGCCCGUGGUCCAAUGCAAGUUUUGACUAGGCAACCUGUUGAAGGUAGAUCUAGGGAUGGUGGUUUGAGAUUCGGUGAAAUGGAACGUGAUUGUAUGAUUGCCCAUGGUGCAGCUGCUUUUUUGAAGGAAAGAUUAAUGGAGGCAUCCGACGCCUUCAGAGUCCAUAUUUGUGGUAUCUGUGGUUUGAUGAGUGUUAUUGCCAAAUUAAAUCACAAUCAAUUUGAAUGUAAAGGCUGUGAUAAUAAGAUAGAUAUUUAUCAAAUUCAUAUUCCUUAUGCGGCCAAGCUGUUGUUCCAGGAACUGAUGGCAAUGAACAUUACCCCUCGUUUGUACACCGACAGGUCAAGAGACUUUUGA